UUUUUCUCUUCUUUCUUAUUUUCAUAUUGAUAUCGAGCCAACAAACAUGUCAUCGUCUGUCAAUCAAAAAGCCAGAAGAAUCGCUGUACUCGGAUCUCGAGCUGUCGGUAAAUCCUCACUGGUGAUUCAAUUCUGCGAGAAUCACUUUGUCGACAGCUAUUAUCCUACCAUUGAAAACACAUUCACAAAAACCAUCAAAUAUCGCGGCAAUGAAUAUACGGUAGAAAUUAUGGACACAGCGGGUCAGGAUGAAUAUUCCAUUUUAUCUUCGCAUCAUGCUUCCAGUGUGCACGGUUAUGUUUUGGUCUAUUCCAUUGCUUCUCGCUCCAGUUUCGAUAUGAUCAAGAUCAUCCGCGACAAGAUUUUGGAUUAUACCGGCUUGGAAACUGUGCCAUGCGUGAUUGUCGGCAAUAAAUCCGAUUUAAAUAUUCAAAGACAAGUAUCACAACAAGAAGGAAAAGAUCUCGCACAACAAUGGGGAUGCCCUACCGUCGAAACCUCGGCCAAACAUAACGAAAAUGUUGCCAAAAUUUUUGAUAUUCUGAUCGCCACGAUUGAAAAAGCAAAUACUCCUCCUUCCGAGGAAAAAGGUGCAUGUGUGAUUUCUUGAAAAUGUCCAUUCAUCAUAGAAGAAGAAGAAAGAAAGAAAGAAACUGCCAUGAAUAUCCCUUUUUUCCCUUACGAUACAUUGAUCUAUCCCUCUCUCUCUCUCUAUCUCUCUCUCCUCGUUGUCCCUUCUUUUUCCUUGUUCGUUUCAUGUACAUUUUUCUUUUAUCUCGGAUUAUAUGGAAAAGAACAAACUUUUCUAUAAACCUGUUGCCUUUUUCACUAUGUAAAUGCAUCAAUGGGAAGGAGGGGCCUUGAGAUAAUGCGAUGGUCUCUGUCGACAAAAAAAAAAAACGUACAAUCAUCCUC